GCCCGGGAGCAGGACAAGGAGAUCUCCGUGCGGGAGGCCCGGCUGGAAAACAUCAAGGUGAAGCUUGAGGUCCGAAACCUCGAGAGCGGCCUGAGAGCCCACGGAGAAACGCUGAAAGGCCGCCACUUCGCGGAGCUCAAUCACAUGAAGAAAGAGAACCAGAAGCUCAACGAAAAGCUGGACGGCCUCAACGACGAGGUCCUGAAGCUGAAAAAGAAGGUAGCUAACGCAGAACGGAUCCUCGGCCACGUCAGGGAGAAACUGCAGGUUGUGGAAGCUGAGAACCGAGGCCGGAAGGCUGAGCUGAGAGACAUCGUGAGCGUCCUGCUGCAGAAGAAAGACACCCUGAGCAAGAGCAAGCAGGAUAGAGACAGGCUGAGGGCACGCAAUGUGAAACUGCAGCAGCAACGCGGGCUGCUUGGAGAGGAGAUGCUGCUGCGGGACUUUGAGGAGAAGGUGAACACCAUGGAGUUGUUACAACGGCAGCUGGAAGCACUGAAACAUCACCACGCCAGUCUGAUCCUCAAACAGGGGGAAAUUCAGAAAAAAAUGAGAGAUGCCAAUUCAUUUCUACCUUGAGGAUGAAAAUAAAGCAUAGAAAAGAUAUAAACCACAGAGUUGUCUGUAAUGGUCAUUUUUUAACACGCUUC